CUGUUAUGCAACGUUGCCAAACUGCUGUACUCAGCCUCUUAUGUUUGCCGAUUUCCGACCCAAAAACUACCUCCUACACCCAAAUAACCUACUUCAUAUAUAGUUAUCGUUAAAAUGGUUAAUUAUUGGUGUUUCUAGGCAAUAGUUAUGUAUCAGAAACCGGUAAAUACGAUGUUUUGAGUACGAUAAUCUGGCGACGGUGCAAGACAAGACCAGCACCCACGAAGACCUCAAGCCCCCAAAAUACUGAAGGACAAGCAGCCCUAAGGUCCCUCAUCACGAUAAUGUCAUUCAAAAACAUCCUGAUGUCGUCUAGCAGGCUCUGUGUGCCAGCUCAGCAGUGGUGCCAACGAAGCAUUACCACAGCCUCGUCACCACUGUAUUUCAGAUUAACUCAAUGUCUUGGAGCAGAACCUCUUAAGAAAAAGAAGAGAUUGGAUCCUAUGAUUGUUCGCCAGAGGGAAGAACGCAAAAAAAAGAAAAUUGAGAAAAUGAUCCGCCGUUUGGAGAAGAAUGCCGGCCAGCUGAAGCCAAUAGAUGAGCUAGAGGUGCCUCGCAAUAUUUUGCAGGAAAUAGACAUCAGGAAGAGACGUGAAGUGGCCAUCAGUGAAGAAGAGGAAGAGCGCAGAGCAUCCUUGGCCAAGGAGUGGUGUCAGUACAGGUACAAGCAGCACAUGGCAGAGGUCACCAUGAUUGACAAAAUGAUUGCCGCCAGAGACCGAGCACUGGAAGAACUGCGGCAAGAAUCUGAAGAUUUAUGGUUUGAAGCAAUACAAGUGGAUGCAACACUGCUGCCUUUUAAAGCAAAGGGACCUGUUUCAACCCCACCAAUUAAGGAUUAUGAUGCUCCAGAUGGAGAAUAUUAUAAUAUCACUAGGAAUUGGGAUUGAACUAUUCAUACUGUAAUAUUUUAAUAAUUGUAAUGGUUCAAAUGGUAGAUUAUACCAUGCUGUAAAUAAAAUAAAAAAUAUGCAAAGUUGGAUAAACAUGAAUAUAUAGAUUGUU